AUGUCGUCCUCUGACGACGUUACCAUCUCUCAUCUCAUGCAGACGAACCGGUGUCUCGACACAAAGGGCGCACGAUACCUACUCGGCGACGAUGACUACACCCUCGAGAUAUACGAGAACGACGCCCUCAUUGGCUUCGCUUCGCCUCGCUACACCUCGACCUCGCCCACGUCCACGCCCACGACCUCGCCCACGCCCACUGUCGCCCUCGCAUCCUUCAUCUUCUCGCCAGCCCGUGUGCGCGACCUCAUAUUCCCCGCGUCUAUUCCUCCGUCCUCAUCCACUUCGCGCGCCACGCGUUCGGCCUCUACGCAGGGCGUCGUAUCUUGCUUCUUUUUCACCUCACUCGAUAUCCCGAACCUCGCGGUUACGCGAGAUCGCUCCCUCACCCUCACCCCUGCCAUCGAGACUCGCCAGAGUUGGCACCACAUCAGCGUGUAA